AUGGCAAUGGAGACGCCGAGGGAGCGUGAGAUUGCCGCGGAGGACAGUAUUAAGGUAGUCUGUAGAUUUCGACCUUUGAACGACUCUGAGGAAAAAGCUGGCUCGAAAUUCAUCGUGAAAUUCCCGUCCGGCGGCGAGGACAACUGCAUCUCUAUAGGGGGGAAGGUAUAUCUUUUUGAUAAAGUCUUUAAACCAAAUGCUACUCAAGACAAAGUUUACAAUGAAGCAGCUAGAUCAAUUGUCACAGAUGUGUUGGCAGGAUAUAACGGUACUAUUUUUGCAUAUGGUCAAACAUCUUCAGGAAAAACGCACACUAUGGAAGGUGUUAUUGGUGAUCCAAAUAAACAAGGUAUUAUUCCUAGAAUCGUUAAUGACAUUUUCAAUCAUAUUUAUGGUAUGGAGGAAAAUUUGGAAUUCCAUAUCAAGGUAUCAUAUUUUGAAAUCUAUAUGGAUAAAAUCAGAGAUCUUCUUGAUGUAUCCAAAGUGAAUUUAAGUGUACACGAAGAUAAAAAUCGAGUUCCGUUUGUAAAAGGUGCAACAGAACGCUUUGUAUCUAGUCCUGAAGAAGUGUUUGAAGUAAUAGAAGAAGGAAAAUCAAAUAGGCAUAUUGCUGUGACUAAUAUGAAUGAGCAUAGCUCACGUUCUCAUUCUGUAUUCUUAAUAAAUGUAAAACAGGAAAAUUUAGAAAACCAGAAGAAGCUUUCUGGAAAAUUAUAUCUUGUUGAUUUGGCUGGUUCAGAAAAGGUUUCUAAAACUGGAGCAGAAGGCACUGUACUGGAUGAAGCAAAAAAUAUUAAUAAAUCUUUAUCAGCUCUUGGUAAUGUAAUCUCAGCUUUAGCUGAUGGAAAUAAAACUCACAUUCCUUACCGUGAUUCAAAGUUAACUAGAAUUUUACAAGAAUCUCUUGGUGGCAAUGCUAGAACCACGAUUAUUAUUUGUUGUUCACCAGCUAGUUUCAAUGAAUCCGAAACAAAAUCUACUUUAGAUUUUGGUAAACGAGCUAAAACUAUUAAGAAUGUUGUAUGUGUUAAUGAGGAAUUAACGGCUGAAGAAUGGAAGCGUCGUUAUGAGAGAGAAAAAGAAAAAGCAGCUAGAUUGAAAGGAAAAGUAGAGAAAUUGGAGGCUGAAUUAUCACGUUGGCGACAGGGUGAAACGGUUAAACCUGAAGAACAAGUUAAUUUGGUUGAAGGACUAGAUGUUACGACACCAAUUAAUAUGUCUAUUGAAGGUACUAUACAAAUUUAUUUUAUAAAAAAUGAAAAUAUUGUGACGUGUGUUAUAUUUAUUUUUUCUACAGGUAAACUUGACGAUGGUCCAAUGCCGGCUACUCCUGGUGGCAAUUUAAUGGCUGGAUCUUUAUCUAACGAAGAACGACAAAAACUGGAAGAGGAACGCGAAAGACUUUACCAGCAAUUGGAUGACAAGGAUGAAGAGAUUAAUCAACAAUCGCAAUAUGUUGAGAACUUGAAAGAACAAAUUCAUGAACAAGCAGAAUUAAUCGCCACCGCAAGACGUGAAUAUGAAAAACUUCAACAGGAGGUGAAUCGAACACAACAGGAACAUGAAAGGGCUAAAGAGGAAGUUAAAGAAGUUUUACAAGCGUUAGAAGAAUUAGCAGUUAAUUACGAUCAAAAAUGUCAAGAGUGUGAUAUUAAGAAGAAAGAAACGGAAACUUUGACAGAAGAACUUUUAGCAAAACAAACAACACUAAACAGUACUGCUUCAGAAUUACAACAAUUGCGAGAUAUGUCCGCCCAUCAAAGGAAACGUAUUGCGGAAAUGUUAGCAAACUUCUUAAAAGAUUUAGGUGAAAUUGGAGUUGCUAUUGGUGGUGAUGAAAAUCUAAAGGUUGCACCUACGGAAAGUAAUGGCAAACUUGAAGAAGAAUUUACAGUGGCAAGGCUAUUCAUUAGUAAAAUGAAAUCAGAGGUGAAGAAUUUAGUACAACGAUGCCAAGGAUUAGAAAGUUCUCAACUAGACUGUAACAAGAAAGUUGCUGAAUAUGAAAAAGAUCUGGCUGAAUGUCGUUUAUUAAUUUCUCAACAUGAAGCUCGUAUGCAAACUUUGACAGAAUCAAUGAAAGUGGCAGAAGCACGUAAACGUGCUUUGGAAGAAGAUGUUGAUGCUUUACGCGAGGAAUGUGCCAAGUUGAAAGCUGCAGAACAAGUACAAGCAGUCACAAAUAAAGAAAAAGCAGAAGAAAAGGAAGCUGCAACAAAGAUGAGAGUAGCACUGGAGGAGCAAAUGGACCAAUUGCGAGAUGCUCAUCAAAAACAAGUUGCAGCGCUUAGAGACGAACUAUCUGAGAAGCAAGAAUUGAUCAGUGAACUUAAAGAUUUGAAUCAGAAAUUCACAUUGGCUCAUCAACAAAUGCAAGCCGAUUAUGAGCGAUUGAAACAAGAAGAAGCAAACAAAUCUGUUAAGUUGCAGGAAUUAAUUUUACUUAAUGAACGCCGAGAACAAGCGCGAAAAGAUCUUAAAGGUCUGGAGGAAACGGUAGCCAAAGAACUUCAAACGUUGCACAAUCUACGUAAAUUAUUCGUCCAAGAUCUUCAGACUAGAAUAAAAAAGACUAUGAUUGCAGAAGAUAACGAAGACGAUGGCGGAUCACUUACACAGAAACAAAAGAUUUCCUUCCUUGAAAAUAACUUGGAUCAGCUUACAAAGGUUCAUAAGCAACUUGUGAGGGAUAACGCUGAUCUUCGAUGUGAAUUGCCCAAACUUGAAAAGAGAUUGCGAGCUACGAUGGAGCGAGUAAAAGCUUUGGAAACUGCAUUGCGAGAUGCCAAAGAAGGUGCAAUGCGAGAUCGUAAACGUUAUCAAUAUGAGGUAGAUAGAAUCAAGGAAGCGGUCAGGCAGAAGAAUCUGGCUCGUCGUGGACCCAGUGCGCAAAUUGCUAAACCAAUUAGGGCUGGUCAACACCAUUUAACCAGUGUUAAUGCUAUUAGAACAGGAAAUCGUGAAAACGAUUGCAAGAAUGCUUUCAUGAAUGAAAGCAAUAGAGUUCCAGAGACUCUAAUUUGUAGUGGAUACCAAUAAAUGUUACAACUAUAUUAGUAAGGGUAAUAGACGUAAUAUAUCCACACGGAGCACCGCCAGUUCUUUUUAUUUGUCUCGAAACAAGCAUAUGCUUAUUAAUGCAAAUAAGUGCAUUAAGUUAUAAAAUUAGUGCUGCAUGUCCUAUCGACUUGUAAAUAGUUAAUUUUUAUAAAUUAUUUAACUUAAUAUCAUGCACGAUAAAUAAAAGUGAAUGUCUAUCAAAUAAUUACACAAAGGCCUCUUAUGAAGAAUGUUUCAAUAUUUAUUUCUAUCAAAAUUUUAUAUACUUAUAUUCUAUAUCUUUAAAAAGACAAAUGAAUUCCAUUAUUAUAGAAUAGAAAAUAAAUUCGUGAGAGACACUAAUGUAAUUUGAUCAACAUGUCUACAGUAGUUUUAACUAAUCUGCUAUCGAUAUUAAAGUUUCUGAAUAAACGAGGCAAUACUCUUUAAGAUUUGGUAGGUAUCGCUGUCAUGAAAUGCGAUUGGACAUGCGGCUUUGAAAAAAAUGUAGAAAUGAUCGUGGCUUAUAAGUAUUUAUAAUUGUAAGAAUUCUCUUCAUUGCUAUUAACACAUUCGUGACAACAGAUUUUUUUCGGACCAAUCUAGAGAGUUCGCUUAACCGAAAGCGUUAAGUUUGUUGACUACUCUAAAUAUUAUCAAGGUCCAAGAACCAAUGGCUUUACGAACAUUUUCGACAGAAGAAUUUCAUCGCUAUCCUCGUUCACGUUUAUUUUAUUAUAGUACAGUUUUCAUUGCAUGAAUCUUUAUAUACUCAUCUAAUUUAAAUUAAUUUAUUACUGCUUAUUUUUGUUUAUAUCAGAGGCUUUUAUAUUACAUUUAAAAUUUGUUUUGUAGGCCAAUGGUCUGUAGAGAGGUUUUUUUUGUCUUAGAUAAAAGUGUUAGUUUACGUUUCUUCAUGUUGAGCUUAUGCUCGGAAGUUACCUAGAUGUAUACUAUACGUCUAAUUGUGAGCUGUUGCACAGGUCUGCUUAAGUUCCUAAAACCUGUUGCAGGCCCCUGAAAAUUCGCUCACAUAUAUCUCUUCAUUUUUCAUUGUAACCGUUGAACGUAACGUUAUACACAUGCAUUUAAAAAAAAAAAACUCCAUUCAUUAAUCAUAUUUGUCAAUAAUUAAUGCUUUUCAAUUUUCAAACUUUUUAUGUACUUUUUUUGUAAUUGUUUUAUUUAUGAUUCUCUUUAAAAAUGUACGAGCCAUACGUACUUGAUGUACUGUCCAGAGCAGGAGAAUUCUAAACAAUAUUAAUUUAAGAUAGGUUUCUGUAAACUGUGCGCAACAAAAUAUUUGUUUGUGAUAUAUUGAAAUCUUGUUCCGCGCAGAUGGUAUGUAGGCAGAAAAGAUUGACAUUUUCCUUGUAAAUCAUUGUCUCUCGUUGUUGUAGACAACAAUGAAAGAAAUCAUGUUUCCAUGUGAGAUCAUUUUUGUCAUCUUCCGUUUUUUAACUUUUGUGAUAUCGAGGGUGAAAUUGUGUUUGCUAAUAUGCAAAGACAAAUGCGUGGUGCAUAAUGAGUGCAAUUAUUAUUGAAAUAUUCUUGUCAAGUGUAUAUAAAAAUAUAAUCGUACUAAAUUACAUUUAUUUGGCUAAUUAACAAAACAAUCUUAGUAAAUUGUCCUACAUGUAAAAGGCUAACAAGUAUAUGUAUUUAUUGCAAAAUACACUUAAUAUCACUGUUUCAAAGCCUUAACAAUUGUCAAAAUAUUGUCAUACAAUAAUGUAUUUUUCAUUCUACUAUUUAACUAAGGUAUUAAUGUAUUCGCUGAAUUUUGGAUCAUGAUUCGAUUGCUUUCCUAAGCUACUGAAUCUUGAAAUAAAAUAUCAGCCGAGCCAACUCUUUGAUUGUGAGUUUUGGGCAUCGACCACUUUUUCCUUACUAAAUAACAUUUAUUUUUAUAGAGUAUUGUAAAGACAUUAUUGAUUUUUCAACAUGGAGGAAGAAAUUUGAAGGUACUUAUUGAACAAUUUUGUUAUAAUUAAAAAAUAAUGAAAAACGAUGAUAGUUAAUCAAGUACACGAAUCAGUCCGUUACAUACAUAUGUAUUAGCAUAAUUUAAAUUGUCCGUAUCUUUUUCCAAUUGACACACAUGUUUAUGUUUUUUUUUUCAUAUUGUAAUUCGUGAUUCAUUUAUACGGAUAUAUAAAAUGGGCAAUGGAGCUUGAAAAAAGUUUGAUGAAUUUUAUUGUACAAAAAAAAAAGAACUCCUCGAAAAUCAGAUACUUAUCAGAAGAAGUGCUUUUAAUCGGAAAUCUUCGAUGUAUGCAUGGAAAAAGAACAGAAAGAAAAUCAGAGUUAUUAUUAUUUUCAUAAUACACCAGACGUAUUUAAAAUUAUAAUAAAGAAGAAAAGAAGUAGUUAAACUUAUAAUGGUAUAUUCACACAAGAAAAUAAAGAUCACUGUUAAUGAGGAGGUUGAUCUAUAAUUGCUGCCGUUUUUUUGUAAACUGUACGAAGUAUGCGAAUGUGAAGGAAAUAAAUAAGUUGACAGAUGUAGAUAUUCGUUUCAUUGUUUUAGAAACAUACCGAAAAAUGUACAGAAAAAGUGCGAUAAACUCAUGUAGUCGUAUCACGUGCUUUACUACUAUGCUUCAUUCGAGAAAUUAUUAUAUGUUCCAUUAUAUGUGCUUAUUUAAUUAAACUCUACGUCAAAAAAUUACAGGCGUUUUGAAAAAAAGAGAUCUAUAACUGAUGCUCGAUGGUGCAUAGCGAAACCUAUAAGUAUCGAAGUAGGUUUACUAUAAAAUAGAAUAAUAAAAAAAAGAAUAAUAAAUUCUUUUUUCAUUGCA